AAUCCCAGUUUUUGUUCUAAGCAUGUGAGUGAAACUGUAGUUUGGUGUUAAUAAUGCAAUAUUUUGACGUUAGGCUUCAUCGUCUGUUGCCAAUAUUGAUGAGUGGAAAUGGAAACUCAGCAUACUGUUACGAAAUGAAAAUGAUGAAGAGAUUGUAUCCAGAGAUAAAAGAGAUAGGAGAGACUAUGAACAGAUCUCAAACCUUGCUAGGAGGAUGGGACUUUACAGUCGUGGUUGCAAGCAAGUUUCCACUUCCUAACUACAGGCCAGAUUUAGAUGAUAAGCGGUCACAGUGGGAGGCAGUUAUCCCUUUAAGUUUGCAAAGGAGGGUUGAGGGUUUACUACAGGAACACCUUGAUAGAAUGCAGUUAAGUUCUAGGAAGGUCUCUGAGUCAGAUGGUACCAACUCCAUUGAAGACGUGAAUCUGGAAGAGAAUCCAGAUUCUUUCCUCCAUAGCUCUGUUAUGGAAAAGGUUCUUCAGAUAAGUUUGCGAAUUUGUGAUAUGCCAAGAGCUUGGCAGGCAUGAGCUUAUUUUUGUUUCUUCUUCUUCUUUUUUUUUUUUGCUAACCUACUUUUCAUUCUAGGAAGUGAGCUUGUUUUAAAGGCAUAAAUUGUAAAAUUAAAACAGUUUUUGUUGC